AUGCAUCGCUUCGUCGCCGUGGUCCUCGCCACAAGCUCUCUCGCCUUGGCGCAGCACUCAAUAACCGCGACUCGCCACUUCUCAAAUCCCGUCCAGCCUACCGCCUUCGCCGAUGAUCCCGCCCUGAUUAUUCCCAGACCACUCGUUAUUCUCACGCCGAGCGAGUCGGAUCUUGAUGAUGUUGAAAGUACAUCGAGUUCAUCACCAACCGUCGAAGCCACUACUAUUCCUUUUGAAGAUAUUGACCCUAUACCAUUCAUACCAUCUACUUCAUCCAUAUUUCAUUCGUCUCCCUCUUCCGCAUCAUUAGCUUCUCCUACGGCAUUCCCAUCAUCUACAUCAACCGCACCGGCACACCACCCAGAGAAACGACUCGUCUCGUCCACUUCUCCCUCUGUCACCACAAUAACAGGAACUCGCACCGCAACAUCAUCAUCUACGUCUAAUCCAGCCUCAGUGCCAACGGCCUUUGCCAACGCCGCUGUCGGUCUCAUCGCCAUUGUAGGCCUAGCCAUGGCAUUAUGA